AUGAACCGGAAGCGGCUGGUCGUUGUGCUCGAGAGCGAGAUCUACAUCUACGACAUCUCGACGAUGAAGCUGCUGCACACGAUCGAGACGGGGCCGAACCCUAAUGCUGUAUGCGCGCUGUCUUCCUCCUCGGAACACUCAUACCUCGCCUACCCCUCGCCGGCACCUUCACCGUCGUCCGCGAGCCUGUCAAGCGGCGUCCCGCCAGCGCCGCCGGCGCCGACGACGGGCGACGUGCUCAUCUUCGACACGCUGAAUCUAACGGCAGUGAACGUGAUCCAGGCGCACAAGGCGCCGAUUGCGGCGCUGGCUCUGAACUCGACGGGCACGAUGCUGGCCACCGCAAGCGACAAGGGCACGGUCGUGCGCGUGUUCAGCGUGCCGGACGCGAAGAAGCUCUGGCAGUUCCGGCGCGGCACGACGACGGCGCACAUCUUCAGCAUGAACUUCAACCUGGCCUCGACGCUUCUUGCGGUCAGCAGCGACACGUCCACGAUCCACAUCUACCGGCUUGCGAACAAGGACUCGGCUGCUGGGGGCGGUGGUGGCUCCGCCUCCUCGGCGUCCGGAGCAGGCGACGAGAGUCCGCCAGGAUCUGUCAGCACGUUUGGCGACGACGCCCCUUCCCCGCCGAUAGCGGCGGGCAGCCCGCAGAGCGCGGCCAACUCGCUCCGCCGCCGCUCGUACCACAUUGGCAAGAGCAUCCUGGGCAAUGCGGGCACCUAUCUCCCGAAAGGCGUGACGGAGAUCUGGGAGCCGCAGCGCGACUUUGCUCACAUCAAGCUGCGCUCGGGACAGGCCGGCGUCCGCACCGUCGUCGCUAUGAGCAGCACGCUGCCCCAGGUCAUGGUUAUCAGCGCCGACGGCGUGUUCCAGGCGUACAACAUUGAUCUCGAGAAUGGCGGCGAGUGCGCCCUGAUGAAGGAGUUUAACCUGCUCUCGAACGAGGACACAGUUUCGGGCGGAGCAGAGUAG